CUUUUGUUGUGCAGGUCAGCACCUCCACAUAGAGCGUUUGAAAUGCUAGUGACCGCGUGCUUAUAGAGGAAAUAAUCCGUGUGUUAUGAUUUCCGGUUUUACGGCGACAGCAUACAGGGAAACUACGCUAGUGCUUGCUGCCUUCUGUUCGUCACUUUCCUGUGGGGAAGGGUUAAUGUCGUCACACCUUACGUUUUUGCGUCGUCUCCCUAGAAAAAUGAAAUUUCUAUCAUGCAGUUGAGAUGAAGAAACAUCACUAAAUAGGAGACGCAAUUAUGUUGCAACUCAGAAGGACAUUAGCUCUUCUAAAAGGUGAAACUGGAAACCAGCUAGCUCGAACCGGAUCCAGCCUCCCCUUUCUGGAUUCAGCCAACAACAGUUCUGGACUAGUCCUGCAGUCUCAGUCCACUGAUGUGUACCAGAACCUAGCUCUGGAGGACUGGAUCGAUGCCCAUGUGGACCUGCAGCAGCGUGGCAUCCUGUUACUGUGGAGGAACCAGCCUGCUGUGGUCAUUGGACGCCACCAGAACCCGUGGAGCGAGUGCAACCUCCCGGCAAUGAGGAAAAUGGGAAUCGCUUUGGCCCGCAGGCGAAGUGGAGGUGGAACGGUCUUCCACGACCACGGGAACCUCAACCUGACUUUCUUUGCUUCCAAGAAGGCAUACGACCGGAAGAGGAACCUGAAGGUGGUGACCGAAGCUUUGAGACGGCUGCGGCCAAACCUAGACGUCCGCGCCACGGACAGAUUUGAUAUUUUAUUAAACGGACACUACAAGAUAUCUGGUACUGCAUCCAGACUCAGUAGAAAGUCAUCCUACCACCAUUGCACCCUCCUCCACUCUGCUGAUCGUUCUGCUCUCUCCACGGUGCUCCGCCCUUCAUGUCCCGGCAUCCUAAGUAACGCCACACCAAGCGUCCCGUCACCCGUUGCCAACCUGAUAGACCACGCACCUUCUCUGGCUUGGGAGGAGCUUCUGGAAGCACUAGUGCAGCAGUAUAACACAGAGUUUGGCCUCAGCUCGGUGUUCACUCUUGUCGACCCAUCCAGUGAGUGUGUGUUUCCCGGCGUGGGCAACAUAUCAACAGAGCUGCGAAGCUGGGACUGGACGUUUGGCAGGACGCCUAAAUUUAGAGUCGAAACUCUGCUGGAGCUGAGGGACGAGCAUCUGCCGGCUCGCUGCUCCGCUCAGCUGCAGAUGGAGGUGAAGGGCGGACAGGUAGAAAGCUGCAGGUUGGACGUCCCUGCGGGCUGGCUUCCUCUUUGGCUCAGCAGGCAGCUGAGCGACGUACUGGUCGGGGAGAGGUUCUGUCCGCACAGAGCGGCCGCCGCUGUCACCGCCAUGCUGCGGGCUGAGAAAGGGCAGUUUCACAGCAGACUGAACAACCUUUGUGAGGCUGUGCUGGCUAUGAUGGGCUGAGAGCACCCACUACAGGCAGCUGCAGGAACUGCAACCCCACCAGCAGAUGUAGAUUAUUUGUUCCUGUAACAUUGAGAUGGAGAGAGGCCAACAAUUGUAAAUGCAGACUGUUGGAUCUGCUUUCUGUCAGUCACUGUGAAAUAAAUAAUUUUGUGUUCUGAA